AUGCUAAGGAUAAUACGAAUCGAAUAUUGGAUUCCUCGUUUAAAGACACUUGUUAGAACAAUUGUUAAUCGCUGUAAGCGAUGCGUGUUGGAUCGUAAACGCGCUUGCACUCAACUAAUGGCUGCCUUACCCCCAGAACGGACGAACUUGGAUCGACCGUUUACAACAACAGGAGUUGAUUUCGCUGGUCCCUUCGACAUGAAAAAUUUGAACGGUAGGUCGUGUCAGAUCUUAAAGGCCUAUGUCUGUAUUUUUGUAUGUUUCGCCACCAAAGCCGUACACUUAGAAGUAACUUCAGAUUUAUCAACAGAUAAAUUUUUAGCGGCAUUUAAUCGAUUUAUUUCGAGACGCGGUUGUCCACGUACGAUCUUUUCGGAUAACGGGACGAAUUUUGUAGGUGCUUCUCGAGAGUUGGAGAGAGAAUUUAAAACCUUUUUAUUGGAAAGUAGGGCUAGGAUGUGUUCGACGUUUGGCAUCAACGGCCUUUCAUGGCGUUUUAUUCCUGCUGGUGCUCCCCAUAUGGGAGGUUUGUGGGAAGCGGGAGUUCGAAGUUUCAAACUGCACUUUCGUAAAGAUGCACAUUCCGGUAAAUAUACCUUUGAGGAACUUUCUACUGUCCUCGCUAGAAUUGAGGCAUGUCUAAAUUCUCGACCAUUAUGCCCUAUGAAUGAUAAUCCUAAUGAGAUAGUGGCUCUUACACCAGGUCAUUUCUUAAUAGGGUCGCCUAUACUAGCUCCACCUGAACCGUCAAUUUAUGACUCGCCGCUUAGUCUUCUAAAUCGUUAUAGGAAAGUUAAAGCACUGACUCAUCACUUUUGUCGUAGAUGGAAAGAAGAGUACUUGUCAGGUCUUCACAAACGAUAUAAGUGGAAAUAUCCAGAAAGAGAUAUAGCAGACGGAGACUUAGUUGUCAUACGAAAUGAGCAAUUGUCACCCACUUCUUGGAAAAUGGGAAGAGUCGUUAGGACUUAUCCAGGAAGCGAUAAUCACGUACGCGUCGCGGACAUACGUACAGAAAACGGGAUAAUAAAGCGACCAAUUACAAAACUGGUUGUUUUAACCAGUGAAACUGUUUAA